UAUCAGUGCCGGGCGAGUAAGUGAUACAUACUAUACUACACAAGUUAAUUGCCGCAUUAGGCUGUGCGGUGUUGUAUCGCGCUCAUCUGCACCAAAAGCCUUCGGUUAGCGACAAGGAUUUCGCAAAAUGUUUAAACGAUAUUUAUCGUUACUCCUCCUGAUUGUGGACUUCGUGUACUCACAGGAUGCCAAUUGUGAUUUCUAUCAGAGUGUGGCUGUUGGAGUUACCUACACCGUGAAGAGUCCAAAUUAUCCGUAUUCGUACGGACGCGGGCAACAAUGCCGCUGGAUCGCGGACUGUCCCGUUGGCUAUAACUGCCGAUUGCAAUGCACUGAAGUCAACAUGCCACAGUCAACCUCCUGCUCGAUGGACCGACUUUUGGUGUCCAGGUCAGGAGAUCUGCAGCUGAACAAUGCCGACUACUACUGUGGUCAGGGACAGUUCACAUCGCUCUCAAUCGGAACUAGAAUUAGUAUGGGUCUCGUGGUAUCUCAGAGCAGUACCGGAGGUCGUUUCAGUUGUACUCUGCAAGCUGUAAAGCAGCAAACAUCAGGGACUUGCAGUUGUGGCUACAGGAAGCAGAACCGAAUCGUGGGCGGCGUAGAGACCGGUGUGAACGAGUACCCCAUGAUGGCAGCCCUGCUGGACCAGCGGACUGACGAGAUCAAGUGCGGCGCCGUCAUCAUCGACAAGCGCUACGUUCUCACCGCCGCGCAUUGCCUCGAGCAACUGGUUCCGAGCAAGCUGCUCGUAAUUGUUGGGCAACACUACGUGACUGAUGAAGCUAACAUCCCGGCUUCUGAUAAGUACGGUAUAUCGCAGUUUAUUAUGCAUCCGCAGUACUCGAGCUCUAACUACAACAACGAUAUGGGAUUAGUGCAGUUAAAUAGAGACAUCACGUUCAACGAUAGAGUGGGACCAGUCUGCUUACCCUUCAAGUUUACCAAUACAGACAUGACUGGGGCGAAACUGACUAUUCUUGGUUGGGGGACUCUGUACUUCGGUGGACCCAAGGCGAACGCAUUGAGGAAGGUGGAUGUGGAUGUGAUCAGCCAAAACACUUGCCGUAACACCGUACCCACACUGACCAGCAGACAAAUCUGCACCUUUACUCCAGGAAAGGAUUCUUGUCAGGACGAUUCCGGCGGCCCGCUGCUGUACACAGACAGCGCAACGGGCUUAUUGUUCAACAUCGGCAUCGUCAGCUCCGGCCAGUUCUGCGCCACCAACGGCCAGCCCGGCGUCAACACGCGCGUGCCCGCGCUGCUCGACUGGAUCCAAAGCAACACGCCCGGCGCUAAUUACUGUAUUAAAUAAGUUCUUAUAAACUAUUUAGUGUGUUUUAUUUCAUCUUCUACCCUACUCUUACUGCAAUUUAUACCCGUUAUAAAUUCCAUCUUCGGAAGAAUACUACUGUCACAAACGCUCUCGAAACGUAACCGCGAAAGUGCUAGAGAUCGAAUUUGCCAGAUCACCGCAGGUCGCGAUAGAGGUCGAGUAAUGCGGCUCAUUCUAAAAUGAGCCUUUUGCAGUGGGGCGUAAGGGAGAAAGUGCAACGACAUCUGCACUUGUUUACAAGUUAUGCGCGUUACCUGCGUAGGUAUAAUAGUACAGUCAAUCUGUAGGUUGAGUGGUGAAAAAAAAUAAAACUAGUUUUUACGGGUUAAUGCACGAAACUUUAUUUAUUUAUUGACGUUUCGUAGCCUUUACAGGCUACGUCGUCAGAAUAAAACUUUUAUUUAAUUUGUCGAGCUACCUUCGAAAGACUUUUAUUGAGCGUUUGGUUAUUUCAUUGUUCGAUUUUUAAGUUUUAUUGUCUAUGUAUGAAUUUAUUAUUUAAUUUACUUAAUAAAGUAUUUUAUUUAAAAUUCUUGUUUGUAAUUUUGAGUUUAUUUAUUUGACCCUAACUACGUAAACUACCACCGGUUCCAAAAUUGGGAGACCUUCCUGAGAAGAACCGGCGAAACAAACUCAAGAGAGGCUUUCUAUCUCCUUCUUAUGUUAAAUUAUGCAAACAAAAAGAACUAAUAGUAUCUGAUGGUCUUGCAGUGUGUGCUCG